AUGGUUGAAGCGGAUGCCAAGGAUCUUCCUCACGGCUUGUGGGUAGCUGGCUUGGCUGAUGUGUGCGAAAACGAGCGCUUGGCAGCCCUGUCCGAGACGCCGCCCCUGGCUGUGAUCUGCAUCAAGUCGAAGGAGCAGCUGCGGUGGUACGUUCCGGUCACGGCGCAAAUGGAGCCGAACCAGGACGUGCCAGCUCAAGACUGGAAUGACUAUCAUCUAGAAUCAGAACCUUGA